GAGCCCUAGAAAUGGACUCAGUGACCAUUGAGGACGUGGCUGUGAACUUCACCCCAGAGGAGUGGGCUUUACUGGAUCCUUCACAGAAGAGACUCUACAGAAAUGUGAUGUGGGAAACCUUCAGGAACCUGGCCUCAGUAGGAAAAACGUGGGAAGUUCAUGACAUUGAAGAUUGGUAUGAAAACCAGGGGGGGAAAGUAAGAAACCAUAUGGUAAAGAGACUCUGUGAAAGUGAGGAGGGUAGUCAAUGUGGAGAAAACUUCAGUCUUAUUCCAAAUCUGAAUCUGAAGAAGGAAACUGCAGGAGCUAAACCAUAUGAAUGCAAUGCAUAUGGAAAAGUCUUCAUGCAUCAUUCAUCCUUUAAUAGACAUGUUAGAUCUCUCACUGAACACAAAUCAUAUGACCAUCAAAAAUAUGUAGAGAAACCAUAUAAAUGUAAGGAAUGUGGGAAAGCCUUCACUUUACCCUAUGUUCUUCGAAGACAUGAAAGAACUCAUAGUGGAGAGAAACCUUAUGCAUGUACAAAGUGCACUAAAGCAUUUACUGCUUCCUCUACUCUUCGAGUACAUGAAAGGAAUCACACUGGAGAGAAACCCUAUGAAUGUAAAAAAUGCAAUAAAGCAUUCACUUCUUGCAGGUCUCUUCAGAAACAUGAAAGAACUCAUACUGGAGAGAAACCCUAUGAAUGUAAACAGUGCCGUAAAGCAUUCACUUCUUCCACUUAUCUUCAAAUUCAUGAAAGAAUUCAUAAGGGAGAGAAACCCUUUGAAUGUAAGAAAUGUGGGAAAGCCUUUACAGCUCCCUCAAGUCUUCGAUCACACAUGAUGGUUCACAGUGGAGAUCGACCUUAUAAAUGUAAGGUAUGUGGGAAAGCCUUCACUUUUCGAAGAUCACUUCCAGUACAUGAAAGAAUUCAUACUGGACAGAAACCCUUACAAUGUAAAAUAUGUGGCAAAGCAUUCAGGUUUUCCAGUAAUGUUCAAAAACAUGAAAGGACUCAUACUAGAGAGAAACCAUAUGAAUGUAAAAAAUGCAGUAAAGCAUUCACUGCUUCCAGUUCUCUUCAAAGACAUGAAAGAAUUCACACUGCAGAGAAACUCUAUGAAUGUAAAAAAUGCAAUAAAGCUUUCACUUCUUCCAGCUCUCUUCGAAGACAUGAAAGAAUUCAUGCUGCAAAGAAACUCUAUGAAUGUAAAAAAUGCAAUAAAGCUUUCACUUAUUCCAGCUCUCUUCGAAGACAUGAAAGAAUUCACACUGGCAAGAAAGUAUGAAUGUAAAACAUGCACUAAAGCAUUUAAUUCUUCCAGAUCUCUUCGAGUACAUGAAAGAAAUCUGGAGAAGAACCCUAUGAAUGUAAGGAAUGUGGGAAAGCAUUCAUUUCUUACAGAUCACUUCGAAAACAUGAAAGAAGUUACACUGGUUAGAAACCCUUUGAAUGCCAGGAAAGUCUGAAAGCUUUUAUUUCUCACGAAAAGUAUCGAGGAUAUGAGAGAAUGCACACUAGAGGAAAAAUGAUGUAAAUAUCAAGAAUGUGGGGAACCCUUUCUUCAUCCCAGUCCUUUUUGAAGGUAUGGAAGGACUGACUUAAGGAAAACAUACAAACAGCAUGGGAAAGACUUCAGUUGGCCUACAUCUUUCUGUGUGAAUCUCCCACCAAAAAAAAUAGAUUAAUGUAAGUAGUGUGAGAAAGCUUGAUGGAAAUGUAUUUGUAUAAUGUUCUAGAAAGCUUUCAACAUGAAAAUGUAUUAUAAAAGUUGUAAAUAUUUUGUUUACCAAGCAUCUUUCUUAAAGUGCAGCAUUGGAUUGUGGAUUUCUUUAAUUACUUCUAGAAAUGAAUAUUGAGGUGAGAUAUUUCUGCAAGUCAUCAUCAGUAGUACAUAAGAUUAAUAGGUAGUGCUUUUCCUUUAAAUCAGUUAAUAUUUUCUUUGAUUUUUAUAAUGUUAUAAUUGUUCUGUGUUAGUGAGUCUUUGAAAAGUGAUGGUUUGUACGUGUUGAGAUUUUCUUACUGGCCUUGUGUUGCAGCUCCUAGAUGACUAACCCAUUGUGUACACUGUUCCUUUCUUAGAGAAAGGUCCUUUUACAGGGAGGUGGGUAUAGGAACCUGCUACCCGUUUCCAUACUAUUGAACUAAUGGAAUACAUUUUUAUGUAUGGCAAGUUUAUCAAAGAGCAUGGUUAGUGUGUAUUAUUAUUUUCAUAUUUGGGCCUUUGCAUUUUGUCCUUCUCUCUGACUGGUAUUUGGUGAACAGACUUUGAAUUAAGUCGAGGCCUGUGAUAAGGCAACAAAAUGCAGGGCUUCACAUAUCACCCUUGUAUUGCUUUAUGUCAACGAUGGUAAAAUUAAGAACUAGAUCUUUAAGAAUCCACCCCCUUUGAGUCUCUAGAUUGAAAUUCACCCGUAGCCUCAUUUGCAUGAGGUUUAGAAGGCAGAAGCCAUAAAGGCCUUAGGCUUACUGGGGAGGCACCAUACUGGGAGAGAGAGACAGUUACACAGGAGCUUCGAGGAAACCGUCUUUUAGCUGAUUGUCUGGAUUCUUUGCCCAUCUAGUCAAGAGUACCUUGAACACCACCACCAACUGUUUGAUUUUAAUUUUCACGGAGGUGUACUUUCCACUGCUGUCUUCACAAGUUUCACAUCAAAGAUACAUGAGAGUGAGGAUUUUUCUGUAAGGCCUCUUGUGUCCACCAGGAAACUAAUUCAGACUUUUGUGGUUGGGAGCAUUCUCUUGAUUCCCCUAUUCUCUAGGUGAUAUCUGAAUAAGGUCUAGUUUGUAUGGGAAACACCUGAUGCUCUUAAAAGUGCUAGUGAGUGUGUUUUACCUGAUUCACUGUGACAUCUACAGUGGGGCAGUAAAAACAAGGACGGUGAAUUUUGUUUCUCUGCUGCAUUGUGCUGUGUCUGCCUUGAGCCAGUUUUUCCAGGUGAGAACAAGCACCUUUCUCAACUCAGGAAGACCAUGUGUGUUUCCGUUACUUGUAGCUGAAUGUAUUCCAGCAGUAAGUUUUUAGUAAUGUCUGAUUGUAUGUCAUUAAAACUACAUCCAUUUCCUUGUGAAAUGAGCCCUUCUGUGGUUCUUUCAUUGAUAGAUUUUAUCAACUCUUCUAUUUCAUUGUAUGCUAAUAAAUAGUAUUGUGGCUUUCA